AGUUCGCAAGUGACAGCUCGUGGGUAGCUUAGUUCAGAAUGUCAACAAUAAUUUUCACGCGAUAGAGGACAAAAAAGCAAUCACCGCUGCAUUCUGAAACUAAAGUAAUUCUUCCGCCGCACGAUGUAUUCGUAGAACCGCGUGAAAAUCGUACAAAACCGCGUAGAAUUUUAGCGUUGCCGCAAACGGUUGAACCAGUUCCAGUUUGAAUUGGGGCCAAUUUCGGGGGCCAAAUUUCAGUGCCAAGGAGCAGCAGGUGAAAGUCAAUAAAAGCGGAGCAAUUAAAUGCUUAUUUUAUAUCAGAUUUCCCCUAGAGUUUAAGCGAGUGUGUAAUUUCGAACAUGUUUCGACUGCGGGUCAAAAUUUUCUACAUCUACAUCCUGAUUUCGUUCGCCCUGUCGGUGUAUCUGUUUUACCUAAUCUCCAAGUACUCGGUGGAGAAGUUUAUCAACUACCAGCGCAAUGUUAGGAGCAGUAAGUUUCAGGAUCGUCCCCGGAUACCGCAGAUCGUCGGACACUACGUGGGCGUGGGUUCGGUUGGGAACAUUUCCAAGAACUUCCUGAACACCAACAACUUUGCACCGGUUCCGGGCGUGGGCGAGAAUGGCGAUCCGGUGGUGGUGCAAGCAAAGGACCUGCUGCAGAUGCAGCAGCUAUUCCAGAUCAACCGAUACAAUCUACUGGCAAGCGAUCGGAUCGCAUUGAAUCGAACGCUUCCGGAUGUUCGCAAGCCAAAGUGCGUGAGCAAAGAAUACCCUACCAAGCUGCCAACGACGUCAAUUAUAAUCGUCUUCCACAACGAAGCAUGGUCCGUGCUGCUGCGGACCGUGUGGAGUGUCAUCAUCCGAUCCCCGAAACAUCUAAUCAAAGAGAUUCUGCUAGUUGAUGACGCCAGCGAUCGGAGGUUCUUGAAAAACGAUCUGGAGAACUACGUCCAGAAGCUGCCCCUCGUAGUCAGCAUUCUAAGACUGAACAAACGGGAAGGUCUCGUCGCGGCACGUCUCAUGGGAGCCCGAGUGGCCACCGGAGACACGCUGACCUUCCUGGACGCCCACUGUGAGUGCUCCCCGGGCUGGUUGGAGCCCCUCCUAGCACGAAUCAAGGAAAAUCCCAAAAAGGUAGUCUGUCCCGUGAUCGACAUCAUCUCCGACGACAACUUCUCGUACAUCAAGAGCUUCGAGUUCCACUGGGGAGCGUUCAACUGGCAGAUGCACUUCCGGUGGUACACGCUGAGCGAUGAAGAGCUGGCGGAACGUCGCAAGGACACGACGCUGCCGUUUCAUACGCCUGCGAUGGCCGGAGGGUUGUUCACGAUCGACCGGAAGUACUUCUUCGACGUGGGAAGCUACGAUGAUAGGCUGAAGAUCUGGGGCGGGGACAACUUGGAGAUGUCGUUCCGGAUUUGGCAGUGCGGCGGAGAGAUCGAGAUCGCUCCGUGUUCGCACGUUGGUCAUCUGUUCAGGAAGAGCUCGCCGUACACGUUCCCGGGCGGGGUCAGUGGGAUUCUCAAUGAAAAUCUUGCGCGAGUAGCUCUAGUGUGGAUGGAUGACUGGUCGAAAUUCUUCUUCAAGUUCAACAAGGGCACGGAAGAGUUCAAAAGUUUGAACGUCUCAUCCCGCGUCGCCCUCAAGAAGCAGCUCAACUGCAAGUCCUUCGACUGGUACCUGCGCAAGGUGUGGCCUCAGAACUUCUUCCCCGCCGCCAACAAAUUCUUCGGCCGCAUCCAACCGAUCGACCUCAGCACCUUCGACCACCAGGAGUACAUCACCCUCAUGAAGAAGAUCAACCUGAUCGUCAAGAAUCUCAACCCGGAGCUCAAGUGGAAGUUCCUCAUCAAGUACCUCACCGAAAACGUUAAGAAGAUCGGCGACUCCAUGAAGGCCGCCAAGCACAGCUCGUACUGCCUCCAAAAGCCCAAAACCAACUCCCUCAUCACGCAACCCUUCGGCCAGUCCUUCCUCCGGAAGUGCUCCCUCCUGAUCAACCAACUCGACGAGCAGUUCGUAAUCGACGACUACGGUCGCAUCAUGACCGACGAGGGCGUCUGCCUCGACUCGUACCGCAAGACGACCGUCGAAGGUGAGGCGCUGAUCGAGGGUGCCAAGAAAACCAAAAUGGUCACCUGCGGCAGCAACAAGCGGGCUCAGCGCUGGGUCUACGAGACGGACACGUACCACCUGAAGAACCUCAACACCGAGGACUGCCUCGAGCGGGGCAUGGUCCCGGUGCGGGGCGACGACUCCGAGGACAAGUUCGAGGUGUUUCUGCAGCCGUGCGACGUGCGGAACGAGCUGCAAAAGUGGAUGCUCUUUCCGGUGGCGUGGAAGUGAGCUGGGACCGGGUUUUUUUUUUUCUUUUGCUAACCUCCUCCCUUUAAGCACUAGUUAACGCAUCGCAGAGAGCACCCCGAGUUCGUUCGAAAAUCGAAGCAUUUCAUUACGAUGGAUCUGAGUUACGCAUUACGUAAGAUAUUAUGCCAUUCCGACGGUUAUUACUAAACAGACUUGAUAUUUUCUUAACAGUAAGAAGACUUAAUCACCACAAGAACAAAUGUGCACAAAAUGUUAACUGAAACUCUU